AUGGAGAUGGACGGAGGAGAAGACAACGCUAGGAAGACAUCUAUAUAUCCCAAAGUACUACUUCAAAGUCAGCGCAACUUGACCAGCGGCAACGACCGGCACGACGACUUCUUCUUAUCCGCAGCAUAUCUCAAUCCAAGCGUCGACUGUGGUGAUGUUGGCUCGGGCAACUUUAGCCAAGGCAGCAGCUUGCUAACUCAACUCUUUGCAGAUACGAUCAAGAAGGCCGAAAUCACCCAGCACGCCAAGUACACGUGCACGUUCUGCGCCAAGAACACCGUCAAGCGCACCAACGUCGGUAUCUGGCAGUGCAAGGCCUGCAAGAAGACCAUUGCUGGCGGUGCCUACCUUGUCUCGUACGUAUUUGUCGACUUCCUGAGCGAGGCGAAAGCUGCUCGCAGGACCCCCGCUGCUGCUGCCACCCGCUCGACCCUCCGGAGAUUGCGCGAGAUCGCCGAGGUAUAG